AUGAGGACAAUGUUCUUCAUUCUGAGUACAAAGUUCUUCACUCUGAUGACAAGGUUCUUCACACUGAGGACAAGGUUUUUUCUCUCUGAGGACAAGGUUCCUCACUCUGAGGACAAGGUUUCUCACUCUGAGGUCAAUGUCCCUCACACCGAGGACAAGUGUCUUCACUCUGAGGACAAGCAUCCUCAUACUGAGGACAAGGUUUCUCACUCUGAGGACAAGGUUCCUCACUUUGAAGACAAGGUUCUUCUUUCUGAGGACAAGGUUCCUUCUGUAAGGACAAUGUUCUCGUUUCUGAGGACAAGGUUCUUCUCUCUGAGGACACGGUUCUUCACUCUGAAGACAAGGUUCCUCACACUGAGAACAAGGUUCCUCACUCUGAGGACAAGGUUUCUCACUCUGAGGACAAGGUUCCUGAAACUGAAGACAAGGUUCUUCACUCUGAUGACAAGGUUUCUCAACCUGUGAACAAGGUUCUCUCUGAGGACAAGUUUCUUCACUGUGAGGACAUGGUUCCUCGCCCUGAGGACAAGGUACUUCACUCUGAGGACAAGGUUCUUUACUCUGAGGAGAAGGUUGUUCACUGCGAAGACAAGGUUCCUCACAAUGAGGUCAAGUUUCCUCUCUUUGAGGACAAGGUUCGUCUUUCUGAGGACAAUGUUCUUCACCCUGAGGGCAAGGUUCUCCACUCUGAUGAAAAUGUUCCUCACUCCGAGGACAAAGCUCCUAACUUUGAGGACAAGGUUCUUCAUUCUGAGGACAAGGCUCUUCAUUCUGAGGACAAGGUUCUUCAUUCUGAGGAAAAGGUUCCUCACUCCGAGGACAACGCUCCUAAGUUUGAGGAGAAGGUUCUCCAUUCUGAGGACAAGGUUCUUUACUCUGAGGACAAGGUUCUUCACACUGAGGACACGGUUCCUUACUCUCAGGACAAAGUUCUUCACCCUUGGGACAAGGUUCUUCACUCUGAGGACAAGGUUCUUCAUUCUGAGGACAAGGUUCCUCACUCUGUGGACAAGGUUCUUCACUCUGAGGACAAGGUUCCUCACUCUGAGGAAAAGGUUUUUCACUCUGAGGACAAGGUUCCUGAAACUGAAGACAAGGUUCUUCACUCUGAGGACAAGGUUUCUCACCCUGAGGACAAGGUUCUUCACUCUCAGGACAAGUUUCUUCAUUCUGAGGACAAGGUUCUUCACUCUGAGGACAUGGUUCCUCACCCUGAGGACAAGGUACUUCACUCUGAGGACAAGGUUCUUUACUCUGGGGAAAAUGUUGUUCACUCUGAAGACAAGGUUCCUCACAAUGAGGUCAAGUUUCCUCGCUUUGAGGACAAGGUUCUUCAUUCUGAGGACAAGGUUCUUCAUUCUGAGGACAAGGUUCUUCAUUAUGAGGACAAGGUUCUUCAUUACGAGGACAAGCUUCUUCAUUCUGAGAACAAGGUUACUCAUUCUGAGGACAAGGUUCCUCACUCUGUGGACAAGAUUCUUCACUCUGAGGACAAGGUUCCUCUCUCUGAGGAAAAGGUUCUUCACUCGGAGGGCAAGGUUCCUGAAACUGAAGACAAGGUUCUUCACUCUGAGGACAAGGUUUCUCACAGUGAGGACAAGGUUCUUCACCCUGAGGUCACGGUUCUUUACUUUGAGGACAAAGUUCUUCACUCUGAGGACAUGGUUCUUCACUCUGAGGACAAGCUUCUUCACUCUGAGGACAAGGUUCUCCACUCUGAGGAAAAGGUUCUUCACUCUGAGGACAAGGUUCCUGAAACUGAAGACAAGGUUCUUCACUCUGAUGACAAGGUUUCUCACCCUGAGGACAAGGUUCUUCUCUCUGAGGACAAGUUUCUUCACUCUGAGGACAUGGUUCCUCGCCCUGAGGACAAGGUACUUCACUCUGAGGACAAGGUUCUUUACUCUGAGGAAAAGGUUGUUCACUGCGAAGACAAGGUUCCUCACAAUGAGGUCAAGUUUCCUCGCUUUGAGGACAAGGUUAGUCUUUCUGAGGACAAUGUUCUUCACCCUGAGGACAAGGUUCUCCACUCUGAUGAAAAUGUUCCUCACUCCGCGGACAAAGCUCCUAACUUUGAGGACAAGAUUCUUCAUUCUGAGGACAAGGUUCUUCAUUCUGAGGACACGGUUCUUCAUUCUGAGGAAAAGGUUCCUCACUCCGAGGACAACGCUCCUAAGUUUGAGGACAAGGUUCUCCAUUCUGAGGACAAGGUUCUUUACUCUGAGGACAAGGUUCUUCACCCUGAGGACACGGUUCCUUACUCUGAGGACAAAGUUCUUCACCCUUGGGACAAGGUUCUUCACUCUGAGGACAAGGUUCUUCAUUCUGAGGACAAGGUUCCUCACUCUGUGGACAGGGUUCUUCACUCCGAGGACAAGGUUCCUCACUCUGAAGAAAAAGGUUCUUCACACUGAGGACAAGGUUCCUGAAACUGAAGACAAGGUUCUUCACUCUGAGGACAAGGUUUCUCACCCUGAGGACAAGGUUCUUCACUCUCAGGACAAGUUUCUUCAUUCUGCGGACAAGGUUCUUCACUCUGAGGACAUGGUUCCUCACCCUGAGGACAAGGUACUUCACUCUGAGGACAAGGUUCUUUACUCUGGGGAAAAGGUUGUUCACUCUGAAGACAAGGUUCCUCACAAUGAGGUCAAGUUUCCUCGCUUUGAGGACAAGGUUCUUCUUUCUGAGGACAAGGUUCUUCAUUCUGAGGACACGGUUCUUCAUUCUGAGGAAAAGGUUCCUCACUCCGAGGACAACGCUCCUAAGUUUGAGGACAAGGUUCUCCAUUCUGAGGACAAGGUUCUUUACUCUGAGGACAAGGUUCUUCACCCUGAGGACACGGUUCCUUACUCUCAGGACAAAGUUCUUCACCCUUGGGACAAGGUUCUUCACUCUGAGGACAAGGUUCUUCAUUCUGAGGACAAGGUUCCUCACUCUGUGGACAAGGUUCUUCACUCCGAGGACAAGGUUCCUCACUCUGAAGAAAAAAGUUCUUCACACUGAGGACAAGGUUCCUGAAACUGAAGACAAGGUUCUUCACUCUGAGGACAAGGUUUCUCACCCUGAGGACAAGGUUCUUCACUCUCAGGACAAGUUUCUUCAUUCUGCGGAAGAGGUUCUUCACUCUGAGGACAUGGUUCCUCACCCUGAGGACAAGGUACUUCACUCUGAGGACAAGGUUCUUUACUCUGGGGAAAAGGUUGUUCACUCUGAAGACAAGGUUCCUCACAAUGAGGUCAAGUUUCCUCGCUUUGAGGACAAGGUUCUUCUUUCUGAGGACAAGGUUCUUCACCCUGGGGACAAGGUUCUCCACUCUGAUGAAAAGGUUCCUCACUCCGAGGACACAGCUCCUAACUUUGAGGACAAGGUUCUCCAUUCUGAGGACAAGGUUUUUCAUUCUGAGGACAAGGUUCUUCAUUCUGAGGACAAGGUUCUUCAUUAUGAGGACAAGGUUGCUCACUCUGAGGACAAGGUUCUUCGCUCUGAGGACAAAGUUCUUCACACUGAGGACAAGGUUCCUCACUCUGAGGACAAGGUUUCUCAUUCUGAGGACAAAGUUUUUUACCCUGAGGACAAGGUUUUUCACUCUGAGGACAAGGUUCCUCACACUGAUGACAAGGGUCUUCACUCUGAGGACAAUGUUCCUCACUUUGAAGACAAGGUUCUUCAUUCUGAGGACAAGGUAUUUUACUGUGAGGACAAGUUUUCUCACUAUGAAGACAAGGUUCCUCACUUUGAGGACAAGGUUGUUCACUCUGAGGAAAAGGUUGUUCACCCUGAGGACAAGGUUCUUCACUCUGAGGACAAGGUUCGUCACUCAGAGGACAAGGUUCUUCACUCUGAGGACAAGAAUCUUUACUCUGAGGACAAAGUUCUUCACUCUGAGGAUAAGGUUCUUAAAUCUGGUGACAAGGAUCUUUACUCUGAGUACAAAGUUCUUCACUCUGAGGACAAGGUUCUUCCCUCUGAGGACAAGGUUCUUCUUUCUGAGGACAAGGUUCCUCACUUUGAAGACAAGGUUCUUCAUUCUGAGGACAAGGUUUUUUACUGUGAGGACAAGGUUUCUUACUAUGAAGACCAGGUUCCUCACUUUGAGGAUUAG